UAGUUAUAUAUUCCAGUCCAAGAUUUUUUGUUUUGUUUGCGAGGUCUGGUAUCACUACAGCAUCAGCACAAGGCACAGCCCAGAAAUAUCACUGUUGCAAAACUGAACUGCAGCGUCAACACACUACCCACAUUCUCACUCAGGCAUGAGAUACAAAGACAGAAGUAGACUUUGCUACAGCUUACUAUACACCUAAUUCAAACCCCAGAGCGGUUGGAAGAAAAUGGUUAAAGAAAAAACAUUUGUUUUCUUCUGUCUGUGCUUUUUUCAUCUGGUUGGAGUGUUUGCUGAUGAACUGAAGUCAGUGUCAGUGAAGGAGGGAGAUUCAGUCACUCUACAGACUGAUCUUACUGAACUACAGACAGGUGAUCGGAUAAAGUGGAAAUUCGGAGCUAAUGGGAGUUUAAUAGCUAAAAUCUUUGCAUUGACCAUCGACAUCCCUGUUAAUCUUACUGAGAGAUUCAGAGACAGACUGAAGCUGGACAUUAAAACUGGAUCUCUGACCAUCACAGACAUCACAACUGAACAUGCUGGAGUUUAUGAAGUUGAGAUCAGCAUCAGCAGGAGCUCAUCGUAUAAACACAUAUUCAAUGUUACUGUCUAUGCCGCUCCAACAACAACAACACCAACAACAACACCAACAACACCAAAACUGCCCUCUGCUUCAAAAUCUUCUUCAGGUCAAACUCCAUCUGAUCAUUCAGGUUCAGACUUUGACCCAGUGCCGAUCUUAGCUGCUUCUGCCGGAUUUCUGUUGAUUGUGGCUGCACUUGUGAUCUUCUUCAUCUACAGGAAACACAGAAAAACAGAUCAGCAGGAAACAGUUAAGGCCCGUGAGGAAGAGGUAACCUACGCUGACACGACAUUCGUCAAAAGAAAGGCACCGAGUGUUAAACAGGAGGAAGAUGUUGUGUACGCAGAAACAGUUAAGGCCCGUGAGGAAGAGGUAACCUACGCUGACACGACAUUCGUCAAAAGAAAGGCACCGAGUGUUAAACAGGAGGAAGAUGUUGUGUACGCAGGUAUCGUUGCCAGAAGAUAAUCAAAUUCUGUGCUAAGUUUCCUCAUUAAUGAUCUUCUGUUCAUAGUUAACAUGUUUACAUGCACACUAGAAAGCCACUAGAAGACAUGACUAGUAACAAUAGUUUGAAGGUUUGGCAACCAUUUCGUAAAUGCAGGUCAAGAACAUAACACAGAACUGCAAAAACCCUAUACCAAUUUCUUAAGUGCAUGUAAACUCUGAACAACAUUUUUACCUGUUCAUUUUUUUUUUGUAUAUAUGUGUGUUGUGUUAGAUUAUUUUUGUUGAGUCAUUUUUUAAUGAUAAUGAUUGCUUAAUGAGUUUUUCAGUUGUACUAAAUGUCAAAAGGUCAAACAUAAUCACAUGCAGAAAAAGUUUAGCAUAAUCAGGCACUAAAAGUAAAUUGAGCUCCUGUACAUCAUUGGCAUCUGCUUUCCUGUAGCUCAGUGGUUAGAGCAUGGCACUAGCAAUGCCAAGGUCAUGGGUUCGAUCCCAGGGAUUGCACAGACCCAGAUACAAAUGUAUACUAUAAUGCAAUGUAAGUCGCUUUAGAUAAAAGCGAAAUUCUGCCAAAUGCAUAAAUGUAAAUGUAAAUCAUUUGAAUUCUGGCCAAAAGCGCAAUGUUUCAUAAGCUAUGUUUCCAUUUAAAGUUGUGAAUUUAACUUGUGUGUAAAAUUCAUAAAACAUUUGUAAAUAAAGCACUGUUUCCAUACCAUGUGUUCAAGAGAAUAAAAUCCUUCCUGGGAAA